AUGAUUUGGGCUGUUGGGCCCUGUUUUGGCUGUUGCUGCCGGACUGCCUUGGCCACCGUCCUCACCAGCACCGCAGCAGCCCUGUGUGUGGGCAUCCUUGUGUAUCUCCUGGGGAAGCGAGAAGCCCACUUCGAGCACAGGGCGGAGCUGCAAGGGAUCCCCUACCGGAGCAGUUUGCAGCAGCCCAGUUCUGGCUACUCCCGCCUGCUGACCCCUAUUCUGGAGCAGCUGUUCAAAAGCCGCUUUCAGGACUCGCCCCUGGACGGCAGCUGCUCCAGGUGUACCGUUGCAAUACAGGUGGGCAGGGCGGGAAGGCUGGCCUGGGGGGAGGCUCUCCUGCCAGGAAGAGAGGGUAAGGACUUCUUGCUUCUGCUUGGCAGGGAGGGCAAUGCCAGCCUCAUUGUCCACUUCCACCUCGGCUUCUCUCCACCGCCGCCCAGCCCUGGCAUGGAAGAGGAUAUCCUGAGGCGGGGACUGGCAGCAGCUGUGGGCAUCAGGGUGCCCACCUACGGUACCAUCUGGGCUGCCUCCCUCCUGGGUAUCCCUGCAUUCUUUCUGGCCCUUUGGCCCAGGGCUGACCGGGGUGGUGUGUGCUCAGACCCUUCCGGGCUGCUGACCUGUCCACCGGACCCCACAUUCUCAAGCCCAGAGCUCAAGUCAGGAAGGUGUCUCGGGGAGGCCUUUGCCUGCCACAAUGGCCAGUGUGUAGCCCCACGAAGCGUGCAGUGCAACGGCUGGAAAGACUGCCCAGAUGGCUCUGAUGAGGCCGAAUGUGACUGUGGGACCCGGCCAGCCAUGCGAUCUGCCACUCGGAUCGUGGGGGGAUCGGAGGCACUUCUGGGCGAGUUCCCGUGGCAGGUCAGCCUGAGAGAGAGCAACGAACACUUCUGUGGGGCGGCCAUCCUGACCGCCAGGUGGCUGGUGUCUGCUGCCCACUGCUUCAAUGAGUUCCAGGACCCCCGCACCUGGAUGGCCCGGGCCGGCAGCAUCCGGUUGAGUGGCAGCGAGGGCAGCCGGGCCCAGGCCAAGGUGCUGCGCAUCCUCCAGCACCCCUCCUACAAUGUGGAGAGCGCCGACUACGAUGCAGCCCUGCUGGAGCUGGCCGAGCCCCUCACCUUCGGCAAAUACAUCCAGCCCGUCUGCCUGCCAGCCCCCUCCCACCGCUUCCGCCCGGGCAGGAAGUGCCUCAUCUCCGGCUGGGGGUAUCUCAAGGAAGACUUCCUAGUGAAGCCGGAGCUGCUCCAGAAAGCCACGGUGGAGCUGCUGGACCAGGCUCUCUGCGGCAACCUCUAUGGCGGCAGUGUGCUCACUGACCGGAUGCUGUGUGCUGGCUACCUGGAGGGCAAAGUUGACUCUUGCCAGGGGGACUCCGGGGGCCCUCUGGUCUGCCAAGAGCCCUCUGGGCGCUUCUUCCUCACUGGGAUAGUCAGCUGGGGCAUUGGCUGUGCAGAGGCCAGGCGCCCCGGGGUUUACACUCGUGUGAUCCGGCUCCGGGACUGGAUCAUCGAGACCACGGCCACAUCAAGGAGCCCCGCGGCUUCCACCAUGCCAGGCCCUGGGCGCCAUCAUUCAGCUCCAACCGUGGGCACAAGCGCAGCCGGCCCACAGCACCCUAGCUCCAUCUCCGGCUCUGCUUCCCCAGCCUCAAGUAGGCCGGCAGCCACGAGCCCCCAGCCUCCAGGUAGGGCCUUGGCGUGCAGCUGGCAGGGAGCAAGUGGAGGUGGGGCAGCCCCUCCUGCAUCCACCACAGCCGUCCCCUGUUCACGUGCAGAGUGCGGUCGGCGGCCUGGUUUCUCCAAAGCUAUGAAAAUUGUGGGUGGCCUGGAAGCAUCCCACGGGGAGGUCCCCUGGCAAGUCACCCUGAAGGAGGGUCUCCAGCAUUUCUGUGGGGCCGUGAUCAUUGGGGAGCGGUGGCUGCUUUCAGCUGCACAUUGUUUCAACCACACCAAGGUGGGACACCUCACUGCCUUCGCAGGCACCACUUCACUCUCAGCCACGGACAGCUCUUCUGUGAAGGUCGGCAUCCAACAGGUGGUGCUCCACCCUUCUUACAACCCCGCCCUCCUGGACUUCGACGUGGCAGUGCUGCAACUGGCCAGGCCGCUGCGCUUUGGCAGAUACAUCCAGCCCAUCUGCCUCCCCUUGGCUGCCCACAAGUUCCCCGUGGGCAGAAAGUGCCUGGUUUCAGGCUGGGGCAGCCUCCAGGAUGGCAACGCUUCUCAGCCUGAAAACCUGCACCGAGCCGCAGUCGGGAUCCUGGAGCAGGCGACCUGCGAAGGAUUGUACAACGUUUCCCUCUCAGAGCAGAUGAUCUGUGCGGGGCUCCUUGAGGGGAAGGUGGAUGCCUGCCAGGGGGACUCUGGGGGACCACUGGCCUGCGAGGAGACCCCGGGAACCUUCUACUUGGCUGGGCUGGUGAGCUGGGCCGCUGGCUGUGGGCAAGCCAAGAAGCCAGGGGUCUACGCCCGGAUCACCAAGCUCAAGAGUUGGAUCCUAGGUGCCAUUUCAUCCUGUCUCAGCACUGCAGAGCCCCUCAGAGCCAGGAGCCCCUCUGCCUCGACCGCCUCUGGCCCGGAGCAAAGCCCGACCAGCCUGGCCACAUCUGGGCUGGAAGCCGGUGCCUCCAAGGCCACCCAGCCACCAGCUGUGCCCUGCACGCCCUCCACGUUCAAGUGCUCCAACAAGGUCUGCAUUGGGAAAGCCAACCCCGAGUGCGACGGCAUCAUCGACUGCGGCAACGGCUGGGAUGAGACUGGCUGCAGUGCGUACCCCCCUCCUGCUCCGGCCCCAGGCACCUCCACUCCGCCAGGGGCAGCGGCUGGCCCGCAGAUGGGGUGGGGGGGGGAGGGGAGUGGCUGGGCUGGCCUGCCCUCCCUCCAGCCCCUGCUUUGGCCUUUUCCGGCAGACUGCGGCCUGGGCCCCCUGGCAGCCUUCAGCAAAAUCGUGGGGGGCAGCGGUGCAGCGCAGGGCGAGUGGCCGUGGCAGGCGAGCCUGUGGCUGCGGCGAAGGCAGCACGCGUGUGGGGCUGUGGUGAUCGCCGAGCGGUGGCUGCUCUCGGCUGCCCAUUGUUUUGACGUCUACAGCAAUCCCAGGACGUGGGUGGCUGUCCUGGGGACGCCCUUCCUGAGCGGCCUUGACGGACGAGUGGAGAAGAUUGCCCGGAUCCACAAGCACCCCUUCUACAAUGGCUACAUGCUGGACUACGACGUGGCCCUGCUGGAGUUGGCCACCCCCCUGCGCUACACCAGCACCGUCCGGCCCAUCUGCCUCCCGGACCGCACACACGUCUUCAGUGAGGGCAGGCCCUGUGUCAUCACCGGCUGGGGCUCCACUAAGGAGGGGGGGCUCACGAGCACGCGACUGCAGAAGGCGGCUGUCCAGGUGAUCCGGGAGCAGGACUGCUGGAGGUUCUACCCCAUCCAGAUCAGCAGCCGGAUGCUGUGUGCUGGCUUCCCGCAGGGGGGCAUCGACAGCUGCUCGGGAGAUGCAGGGGGCCCCUUGGCCUGCAGAGAGCCGUCUGGCCGCUGGUUCCUGGCAGGCAUAACCAGCUGGGGCUAUGGCUGCGCCCGGCCUUCCUUCCCCGGGGUCUACGCCAAGGUGACAGCAGUCCGGGGCUGGAUUGCACAGAACCUCAAGGCGUAACCCCCUACUCACCGGGGCCAGCAGGGGGGGGGGGCAAGGCCCCUCAUAGUCCCAAUCCUGCCAGAACCCCUUCCGGAAAAGAAGAAUUCUGCCAGACAGGCCUCUGAUCCAGCUGCAGGUACAUUAAAUGAAAAUAACCCACUUGUGAAUUUCCGUGAGGUUUCUCUGGGCCUGCUGGGAGGGAGGGGAUGGUUUCUAGCCCCCCCAGCCCCCCCCCCCCAGCUUGUCAGAAGGAGCCCCUGCAGUUUUCACACAAGCUUUCCGAGUGGGGUGGCUUCCCUCCUUCCACCCUGCCAAGACAAUGCUGCAUCUUCAGACAAGAGGAAUGGGGGAGGGAGGGUGUGUUAUCCAGGGCAACCUUCCCUGCAUUGGCCCGUCUGCCGCUUC